AUGUUGUAUGUGCAAUCCUUUGAGGUCAGGCACUACGACAUUUUGCUCAAAGCCGUACAUGAUGAUUACUCUCAACUGGCGACGGUUGUGUUGCCUGGGACGGAGUGCCUGGCAAGUAGUAGCUACGCCUUCCGUGACCUUGUGGAUGACCUGACGAUGACAGCUAAGGAAUUGGUACAUUAUCUCACUGGACCCUUAGGCGAGAAGAUUAGUCCCGUCGAGGCGUGGAGGGCAAGACAGUUUGCUCUGGAGAGGGAAUUCGGUACCUUUUAUGAUUCACACAACUUUGCCCCGAGGUUGCUUAAGGAAAUAGCACACAAGAACUCUGGUUGUUUUGUUGACAUCAAGGAUGCAGAGGUUGCAGAGUGUAAGGGUUUCCGAGUCCUGCAGCGUAUGUUUUGGGCAUUUGGACAGUGCUUAUAG